ACAUGAGUGGGAGGUACGAGGGGGAUUGGGUUGAUGGGAAGUAUGAUGGGUAUGGUGUUGAGACAUGGGCAAGGGGGAGCAAGUAUAAAGGGUAGUAUAAGAAGGGUUUGAGGCAUGGAAGGGGGAUCUACAGUUUCUACAAUGGUGAUGUGUAUGGUGGUGAGUGGUCUAAUGGGCAGUGAUGGGAGCCGCUAUGUUGGGGAGUUCAAGUGGGGUGAAAAACAUGGACAAGGACAGUACCAUUUCAGAAAUGGGGACAUAUACGCUGGGGAAUAUUUUGCAGACAAGAUGCAUGGUUUUGGAGUAUAUCAAUUUCAGAACGGUCAUCAGUAUGAGGGGGCAUGGCAUGAAGGAAGAAGACAAGGACUUGGAAUGUACACUUUUACAAAUGGGGAAACACAAUGUGGUCAUUGGCAGAAUGGAAUUCUUGAUGAUCCUAAAAGACAUAACAGUCCUAAUGGGUCUCCAUGUGAUGUGGACCAUGCCAAGGUUUCCAAUGUAGUACAGGAUGCACAUUCUGCUGCUGAGAAAACUUACAACAUGUCAAAGGUGGAUGGAGGAAUGAAUAAAGUAGUGGCAGCAGCUAAUAAAGCAGCCAAUGCAGCCAGAGUUGCAGCUGUAAAAGCUGUGCAAAAUAGGAUGACCAUAACAAUAAUGAUAAAUGAUAAUAGCCAUUUUCUCAAUCUUGUGAUGAUAGAAAGCUUCAAUCAGUGUCAAUGUGUCAUCCUCCAUCAUAGGUUUGCAUACAGAACAUUAGUAGAUAUGAAAAAGCAAAGGAAGCAGAGAAUUCAAGGAGGGAGAAUCAUAAACAUGUGCAAAUAAUGAGAUGUUCUCUCAAAAUUGAUAACUAGCACAUUUUCUUCCGCUCCCCGAUAGAGAGAUGUUUCGAUUUCUUCUAUUGUGGUACAGGUGUGAGGUGUGCCUGCUUGGAACCACUUUGGGUAAUUGAACUCAAUUCCAGAUUGUGGAGCAAGAAGGGUCCUCACUUUUUGGUGUCUAGUUUGUGUUAAGAAGAGGAAGAAAAAAAUAGAGUAUAGAGCUUCAGUGUGCAAGGCUAUUUGGGUGCAUUUCCAUGAACAUGUUAGUGUAUCUGUCCAUUUGGGUGCAUUUAAAAAGUUGCCCACCGACUAACGAUGUAUGUGUUUGGUGAAGAGUUAAAGCUUUAGAAAGCUCAAUUUCGUGAUCAUGCACCAAACAAUCAUGUAUAAUUUUAUGUAGUAAAAUGGUAAAAUAGUACAGUACGUAUAUUAAAUGA